AUGAGUGAUUUCGAUUAAUGGAUAGCAAAGCUAAAGAAUUGCCAAUUUUUACCCGAACAAGAAGUGAUUCAAUUGUGUACCAAGGCGAAAGAAAUUCUUAUUUCCGAAAGCAAUGUCGAGAUUGUUCAUACUCCUGUCACAAUUUGUGGGGAUAUUCAUGGACAGUUUCAUGAUCUCAUUGAAUUAUUUAAAGUUGGAGGAGAUUGUCCAGACACUAAUUACCUUUUUUUAGGAGAUUUAGUUGAUCGUGGAUUUAAUAGUGUUGAAACAUUUCUUUUACUAUUAGCAUUCAAAGUUCGUUUUCCAGAUAGAAUUACAAUAAUAAGAGGAAAUCAUGAAUCAAGGCAAACAACUUAAGUUUAUGGAUUCUAUGAUGAAUGUCAACGCAAAUAUGGUUCUGCAAAUGUAUGGAGGUAUUGCACUGAUGUUUUUGAUUAUCUGACGAUUAGCGCAGUUAUUGAAAACAGAGUAUUUUGUGUUCAUGGAGGAUUAUCUCCGAAUAUUGUAGAGAUAGAUGAUGUGAAAUCUUUAGAUCGAAAGUAGGAAGUUCCACAUGAAGGAGCUAUGUGUGACCUAUUGUGGAGCGAUCCUGAAGAUAUUAAUGGAUGGGGAGUUUCUCCAAGAGGAGCUGGAUAUAUAUUUGGAGGAGACAUUACUACAGAAUUCAAUAAAACUAAUAGUUACGAUUUCAUAUGUAGAGCUCAUCAGCUUGUUCUAGAAGGAUACAAAACAAUGUUUGACGAUCAAUUAGUAACAGUAUGGAGUGCUCCAAAUUACUGUUAUCGCGUUGGAAAUUAAGCAUCAAUAUUAGAGUUAGAUGACAAUUUAGAAAAAAAAUUCAAAAUUUUCUUAGCAGCUAAUGUAGAAUAAAGAGGACUGAUCGGUAGGCACCCUGUGCCUGAUUAUUUUUUGUGA